AUGCCCAAAGUUUCCACAUGGGAUAUCAUUGCUGUUACAGAAUCUUGGUCGACGGAUGACAUUCUCGACUCUGAGUUGGGCCUACCGGGCAUGUCUCUUAUCAGACUCGAUCGUCCAACAGGUGAGGGUCGUGUUCUACUGUACCCUCGAAGCGAUCUCCAGUGCGAUGUAGUUAAUCCUCCUGUUUCAGCCCUUGACACAAUUUGGUGUAUACUGUCGAAGCGUGACGAUUUUCUUAUUGGAAUGGUCUAUCGUUCUCCCUCAUCCACGGAGUCGGCAAACGAUACACUUUUGCGAGCUAUGUCACAAGUCCUAUCUGCCGAAUUUAAUCAUAUUCUAAGAACAAACCAACAAGAAUCUGCUCAGCUCAUAGAUCAUCUGAAUAUGCUAGAAAUGCUCAAACUUGCUGUCCUGUUGUUCACACUGGUUCCGGCAAUCCUUGCUCAACGGUAUACGGAUUGCGCUGGAAACGGUAACUUGGUGAAUGUGACCGUGACACCAUGCACGCAGACCCCGUGUGAAAUUCGACGCUACACCCGGACCGAAUUGGCUAUCACAUUCCGAGCAGGUGAGGUUUGUUUUCCAACAACUUGA